AUGCGUAUAUCUGCUUCCACUGUCAUCCUGUCGCUGAUGGCUGCCGCCUCCAUCACUGCAGCUCCCACCCCCGUCCAUAUCGAAAAGCGCGGAGUCAUCCUCGACAAACUCAAAGAUGCCUUCGCCAAGGCCUUGACCUCUCUUGAAUGCGGGGCUUGUGUUUCUGCUCUCGUUGUUGCGAAAGACGUCUCUUACCUCAACCGCAACUGGGUUCUCGAUGCAGCCAACUCCUUGUGCUCAACAUUCAAGAUCAUGGAUCAAGAUGUCUGCAAGGGCUUAGUGUACAGCCAUGGCCCCGUCCUGAUCGAAUCUGUCAUGCGCGCCAAGCUAUUGUCCGGCGACGGCAAAAUGAUCUGCUUCCAGAUCCUCGGAGCAUGCCCAGCCCCUGCCAUCACCUCGGGUACUCUGACAUUCCCUAAGCCAAAGCCUACAAACAUCACCGUCAAGGCCGCCUCUGGUAACCGCGUCGAUGUCCUCCACCUCUCGGACUGGCACGUCGAUGAUCAAUACGUUGUCGGAUCAAACGCCGCCUGCAACAAGCCCCUCUGCUGUCGCAAGUAUGCCGACUCACCCCUUGUCCCUGGCCGCGCUGCUUCCAGCUGGGGUGAUUAUAACUGCGAUGCCCCCGUCAAGUUGGGCCAGGAUUUGUUGAAGUUUGUCCCCACCAUUGCCAACCCCAGCUUCUCGAUCAUGACCGGUGAUAUCCCCCCUCACAAUGUCUGGGCCGAGACCCGCGAGAUUGUCAUGGCUGAGGAGAAGGCUGCCUACUCUGUUAUGGCCGCCGGCAUCACCAACAUGUACCCUGCCGUCGGUAACCACGAGGCUGCUCCUGCCAACUUGUUGCCCACCCCCAACACUGGUGGCGACUACAAGUGGCUGUACAGCCAUUUGGCGGACGAAUGGGCCAGAUGGUUGCCCGCCGACGCUGUCAAUUCAGUCAGGAACUAUGGUGCAUACACUGCCAGCCCCGCUCCCGGUUUCCGCAUCAUCUCGCUCAACACCAACUUCUGCUACACCAUGAACUUUUACCUUUACGGUGCAUUGAAAGACUAUGAUCCUUUUGGUGAGUUGAAGUGGUUCAUCUCCCAGCUCCAGGCUGCCGAGGAUGCCGGUGAGCGUGUUUGGGUUAUUGGACACGUUUCGCCCUCCCAGACCGACUGCAUUCAGAACUGGUCUGCCCUCUACUACCAGGUCGUCCAGCGCUACUCGCCCCACGUCAUCGCUGAGCAGUUCUUUGGACACUCCCAUUACGACGAGUUUGCCAUCUCCUACGGAUCCGGCGCCAAGAACGCUCAGAACGCCAUCUUGACCUCGUGGAUCGCACCCUCGGUUACGCCUUAUACCGACUUGAACCCUGGUUUCCGUGUGUACAAGGUUGACAUUGGCAACUGGAACGUUUACGACUCCAACACUUACGUUGCUGAUCUGAGCAAGGCCGCUACAUGGGAUUCUACAGGCGCAACCCCUGACUGGCACUUGGAGUACAGUGCUCGUGAAGCAUAUGGAGCCCACGUCCCCAUCGCUGCCGACCAGCCUCUCUCCCCCGCAUGGUGGCACAAUGUGACCAACGCCUUCGAGUCCAACGACGCCGCCUUCCAAAAGUACUGGACCUACCGCGGCAAGUCUGCCAACCGCAUGGCCGCCUGCACCACCAACACUUCCUGCCCCAAGGAGAUGAUCUGCGAUAUGCGCGCCGGCAAGAGCACUGACACUUGCUCCCAACCCGCGUUCGGUCUCCAGAAGCGUGAAGAUGGCACCGAGUACGAAGAUGGUUUCGUUGCUCAGGAUGUCUCGGGCCUGCGUAGCGUCUUUGGGUCUGCCAAGAAGCCAUGGAACCGCAAGCUCUGUGGACUUCCUUCCAUCUAA